AUGCAGUUUGUAUCUAAUCUAGUGAGCGAACAUGCGUGUGAGCUCAUCUAUGAGCAGUACGUGUAUGCGCCUACAAAGGGCAAGUACAACUACUACGAGCCGGUCCCCAACGUGUAUUUGGUACAGCACGACUGUGACGACGAAGACGCGCUCGAUGAACCCAAGAGCGAAUACUCCAUCACGAUGCGCGACUGGUCAUGCUCGUGUCUAGUCAUGAGCUCUCGGCUGCUGCCUUGUCGGCAUGUAUUUUUCCUUCGAAAGGCUCUAGGAUGUGAUAAUAUCAUUCCCACAUAA